AUGAUUAAAACGUCAUUGAGGCUGCAAGCAACCCGGAGACAGCCAACUGGAGGGCGCCCACUCAAGGAGAGAGAGAGAGAGUCGGAGGCGUGGAUUGAGGCCAAGCCAGGAACUGUUUAUGGCCGGCCCUGUACCAUCCGAUCCGGUCGUAUUGCAUGUGCAGUCCACCGUUGUGUCUGUUGCCGGUUGGGCAGAAAGUGUGGUCGUGGCAAUAAACGUGUGUUGAAGCACAUGUCCCUUUUCCUUCCUCUAUCCAGCUAUCCACCUUUUUGGCACACUCACACGCCCCGAACUGUGCUGUACCCUACGGCCUUUGCACACCUCUCGCCGGGCUCGUGCCUGGAUCAUUCAACCAGCGAAUUAGGGGGACCCAUCUCUUCCUCUGAUCUCCCCUCUUCUCACCCCGGCGCGGAAUCCCGGCCCAGUUGCCUCCCAAAAGCCCGGCUCCGGCUCACGCUCUCAGCCUAG